AUUGAUGCUCUACCACCUGGCUUUCACCCACUCUUACCAGGGCAACUUCUUCCCAUCCACUCCAUCCCAACAAUCCCCAAUCCCUUUUUAGACCAAUCUUAUAGAUUCUACCAUUCAAAUCCAUCCCUUAGCAUGUACCAUCUUACAGACCUGACCCAUCUUACCUUGUAUAAUUAUCCAGAAAUAGGCCAGUCUACUAUGGCUGUACCCAGCGGUGUUGGUCAUGUGAGACCUGAUGGUUUCCAUCUUGAUUCAUACACCAUGGCUCAGAGAGAAUGCUUACUCAGACAGGAAGCUGGGAUCAGAGUAAGCCAAGUUCAAAUGAGUCCCAAACUUGGCUAUUCUCCAACUGGAUCACCAGCUGGGCCACAUGCAACAGACCACAUCCAGAAAAACUCAGAAUCACAGAAACUACUGGACGUAAGUGGGAUAGCGCCCCCACAUGACCAAUUGGAAGAGUGUAACACUAAAACACUCUCAGCUGAUGAUGGAUCCCGACAAGGCAGCUCCACACACUGGGAGAGGCAAGCAGAACAGAAAGAAGUGGCAGAUAACGAUGUGGCCCCACUGAACAUCUCAAAGAAAGAGUCUGCUUUCGAGGUUCCUUUAAAUCUCCCUAUAAAACCAAUACCUGGUAUCCCAAGCCUGCAAACCCACAUACAAGGUGAGAUUAAAAACGACACAUUGGGAAUUAUGGAUGCCAGUUCAGUGAAAGAAGAAAACAAUGAUUACACAGAUGAGCAGAAGCAGACAGCUGCAUUUGCCUUGUGUCAGCUGGCCCAGUGGAGACUGUCAGAACAGACAGAAUGCUCAGAGACGAGCACCCACUUCAGUACGUACACAGAGACUGGUGCUAAUGAUGGGCUGAACACCCAUCAAAUCAGCUCUACUCCACUUCAUGAUAACUGCAUAAGCAGUAAUCCACCGCUCAUUCCUCAAAACACAAUUUCAACCAAAGAGAGUAGUAAAACUGUCUCUGAAACAGACCAGACAAAUCUUUCUCCAUUUCCUGAUCUGAAAUCUGCCCUGGAUGUUAACUGCUCCACACCUCAUUCUGAAGGAUGCACUAAACCCAUUCAGCAGUAG